GCCAAAUAAAAGGCGGGAGCUAUCUAGCCGGGGGCGGCAAGCGGCCCCGCCUGUCGCCCGGGCCGCGGCCGGGCGGGGUAGGGGGCGCGCGGUCACAGCCCCGAGGGCGCCGGUCCGGUCGUGUAUGUUGCGACAAGCGCCCUACGCCGAAGAAGUGCGAUUUCUCCUCCGGCGGACUAUUCUGGGGGCGUUCUCAUCCGGACCCGACGUUCGCGGCGAUCGAUGCCCACCGAAAUCCUCCAAGGCCGGCCCCGCCCGCGGGCCGGCGGGGCCUGUGUGAUUUCGCUUAGGAUGCGGCUGCGACAUGCAGAGCGUUCGCGCAUUCCGCCUGGGCGGGCUUGCUAUUUCUGUGCUCGCCCCGCUUUGUUUCGGCGAGCGGAGCCUGCGCGCAGGGCACGCAGUGUGGCCGGCUGCCCGCGCCCCCGCCCCAGCCUUCUUAGCCGGGCCGCGCGCCCUGGAUUCCUUCGGGCGAAGCGGUUCGCCGGGGCGGGUGUUUGUGCGUAGGCUUCGGUCGCCUUCAGGCGUUGGAUGUCCUGGGGGCCUUCGGUUCGUU